CCGCAGUUGUUCGCUUAAUGAAGUGUCGUUUAGUGUUAUGAUGUUGAGCUACCUAAUUGCUGGGAUCAAGGUACCUCGCCUGAACGGUCAAGCUAUCCUACCUGCAGCCUCGGCAUCGACUGGAGUGACAAACCGCGUCAAAGGUCAAACUCGACCUUCUCCUAUGCCUCAUACAUCAAUCGUAAGCUCCAAUCUUAGACUGACCAACUGUAUCCAUGGCAGCAUCACCCUUUCUUCCGCUUCGGCGACUUCUUAAGCAGCCUGCAGCAUUGGCCUCCCCUAACGCGCCAGUCUUGCGAACCUCCGGCCUUCGUCAGCAGGUUUGGCUCCGACGCUAUCAACAAGGCGUCAAUGCAGGCACAUCAUCGCAACCGAAAAUCUCUUCCCGGUUCCGCAAAGCCAUCAGCUUCGGCGCGUUUGGACUACUGUUUACGAGCCUGGGUUUCGCUGCAGCGGCGAGUCCCCUACUGCCCGGUCUACUUGACGCGGCAAGACCCCGUUCUGAUGAGGAUACCCUGCACGCCUACGUGCCCGAAAACGACGAGGCCGCAGUGGUGAAUGAUUUCGUCAACAACCACCCUAUUGCGGCAGAGAUGCGCCGGAAUCCCGACAUGACUGAAUCUCGGCCCCACAUGAGACUCCCCGAUGCGCUGCGGCGGCAUAAUCUCACUGGCGGCACGCUUCUUGGGCCGGGUCGGAUCACAGUUCCCCCUGUAUGCUGGACUGAAAAGGGAGGCAAGUCUCUUGUGUCAAUCUCCCAUCUCGGCACAGACAUUUGUGGUCACCCUGGCAUUGUGCACGGUGGAUUGCUUGCUACAAUGCUGGACGAGGGUCUGGCGCGAUGCUGCUUUGGUGCUCUUCCACACAAAGUGGGCGUUACGGCCAAGCUUGAGAUCAACUAUAGAAAACCAGUGCACGCAGGCACGUACGUUGUUUUGCGGGCGCGUACGACAAGAGUAGAAGGGCGCAAGGCAUGGGUUGAGGGCCAGCUGGAAACGCUCCCAGUGGAUGGAGAAGAGCCUCUUGUCCUAGCGCAAGCCUCUGCGCUCUUUGUCUCCCCCAGAUUUGCAUCUGUAAGUGACCUUUUCUCUUACUGCUUGGAUCAUUGAGCCACAAUACUGAUAUCCAAAAAAAGGUAAUGGCGAAGCUGAAUGCGACUUGAGAUCUCUGCGAACGCAAACCAGAGCGGGACAUUUCGAUUCUAUUCAUACCGUAGAUUUCAAUAGUCGGAUGGAACGCGCCGGGGCGAUUAGAGAGAAGAAACGUCACCGAAUUAGAAGGGUUUUGCGAGAGAAGAUCGAUGCACUGAGCUGAAAGCGCACGCUCAACCCGACCCGACUUAGACUAUUCGAGCCAGUAGCCCUUCCACACUCUUGUGGGACGGAUUCUGAGUACAGGCCACGAGCCCUGCUGGAUGGAUUGAUAGAUGGCUCUCAUGAGGGUGCGCGCAGAAUAGCUCCCUCUCAAGACUUGCAGCGUACGGCGAACACUAGGCAGGUAUAGAUAGCCCCGCGACCUGGCUUGAGCUGAUCGAUAGCUCGCAAGUAAAAAAUUGCGGUCAGCGAAGAGGGAUAUUGUCCAGCAGAACAUUCAGUCAAGAUUUCGAAAUGCGCGACUCUAGUU